AAGUAAAUGUAUGGUGAAAUAAAACUGAAACUAAGUGUAAUUGUUCAGUAGGUUGCGUUCGUUGUCUCAAGGUAUAACCAUGGCAAAUGUUCGAAUAAUAUGCGUUGUUUUAUUUAGCAGUUGCUUUCUGGAAAUUGCAAAAUGUGAUGGAAAUAAUCAUUCUCCGAAUACAAUAAGUCUUGAGACAGCGAACGCAAUUCACCUGUCGCCUGAUAAUUUGUUAGCAAUCCCAUCAGAAUCGGUGAUAGUGGAACUGAACAUAUACUCAGGAAGGGAUGAUCCUUAUAUCCAGAUGCCCAGGGCUCAGCUCCAUCGCAUGCUGCAAUCCAGCUUUGGAUGGAGGAAUCCUGUUGAUGUAACCCCUGGAUUGGGAUAUCAAGGCUUCACGGUGUACAACUAUGACCAGAACCCAGUAUUUAUUGCUUGCGGAUCCGAUAUUGGAGUGGAAACUGGACUCUUGCAGAGGCUUAGUUUUGGACUUGAUAGAGACCUUCAACAAUUCGUUCGGACUAAGAUACAAACAGAAUGGGCCCAACGCCAUAAUCACCAUCGACGUCAUGGAAUGCCGAACCAUGGAUUUAUGUGUCCCAGACCACCAUCAACAACUAAAUAUGAACCCCACGUCUGGAACAACCGCACAUUUGUACAAAGACGUAAUAACUGUUACAACUAUGCCAGUAAUAUAAUAACAAACACAUUUGCCCAGCCAGGAAGAGCAAACAGACACAAUUUCACUAGAAACCCGCCCGAGCUGUACGGUCCAUCCGUUCACUACGGAACAAUACUGGAUGGUUUAACUCCCUUACCAGCGAAUUCUCGAUGUCUUCCUAACGCAGGAUUAAACUUGAUUGCUUUAGUUAUUUGGCCCGGGCGGGACUAUCAUUUUUACCGCUUGGACAAUAACGGGAUGUGGUCUCACAAGCCAGGUAGAUCUCCUGCAAGAAAUGUAGACAAUUCUAAUAACUUUAUAUUGGAUCCUCGAAUAGCUGACGUCGGACCAUAUACGGUAUUCAAGGGCUUUUUUCUUACAAAUGUUUUUGAUGUUCGACAUAUCAUGUAAAACCUACAAUCGACGAAAGGUUCCUCGAAUACGUCUCAUAUUUUGAAAAUCCAAGUAAAAUGUGCAAAGCAAUAUGUGUCCUACAUUGUUUGGUGUUUUUAAUAAAUUAUUUAUUCGGA